AUGGCGACAGUUGCGAGCUUCUCUCCCGGCUCACUGCCUGCAGAGGAGUACACCGACAACGAUCCAUUCAUUACCGCACAAACUCCGGAUCAAGCGCGCCAUCGCUAUUCCGCAUUUAACACCAACUUGUUCUCCCUAUACUCAAGCGGAUCACCCUCACAGACCAAACGCGCUCUCGAGGCUCAUCUCGCAGAGACAGAGCGACGACUACAAGAGGCAUCGCAAUUAGGCACGGUGCUGGUGCAGCAGCGGCGCGAACUCAGCGACAAGCUGAAAGAGGUCGAAACUCAACAAACAGAAAACGAGAUCGGGCCCGAGCUGCGGCAGAAGCUGGUGGAUCUAGAAAAGGAGUUCAACGAGGUUGGCAGAGAAACGGCAAGGGCGUUCAUACCAAAGCCGCGAAUACCCAGCGGCGAAUCCGUCGGAUCAACCAGCACAUCUUUAUACUCCUCCGAGGCUCAGCACUCGCCUUCCAAAGUUAGCGUACCGUCCCGCAAGCAGAGAAACCAUCAGCCAAGCCGGAUACACGACAUCAAGCUCGCGACGGAAAUCAGCAGCUCGCUCCUCACGCAGAUCCGAGAACUACAAGCCGUACUUGCUGAGAAGGAUGAAGCACUCAAGGCGGUUGUUUCGGAGAAGUCACAACAGGAGCUGGAAGUCGAAGGCCUGCUGCAGCGUCUGCGCGCCCUGGAUGAGAGCGAACAGCGGUAUAAGGAUGAGAACUGGAGUCUUGAGACCCAGGUUCAUGAACUGUUGACCGCUUCCAAGGAAGCCGCGGACAGAGAGGCCCGGCUGGCACAAGGGUUAAAUGCCGCGAAGGCGGAGAAGGCUGCUGUGGAACAUGAGUUCGAGGAGCUGAACCAGGUUCAUGGAAAGCUCAGCGAGGAGCAUGCAUCCUUCAAGAAGCAGCUCGAUUCUGAGAUCUCUGGUUUGCGGCGCAAUGUCAGCAUGGGUGAGAGCGAGCGAGGGGCCCUACAACGAAAGGUCGAUGAUCUCAUCUCUCAAAAUCAAGAGCUAGCAAAGGCCGUGGCCUACCGUAUGAGGGCUGAGGAACAAGAGAGGGAGCGCGAUACCGCAUCGGACCAAGAAGACGAUGCUGCCGGCCGCAUUACUCCGGAGCAUUCGCCGCCCCCGUCUCCCACUAAAGCUACGCCUCGAAACGGCGCGCUGGAAUCGGAAACGCUCAAGAGCUCCCUCGCCCAUGCCCAUCGCAUGAUCCAGAACCUAAAGAACAACAUCCAUCGUGAGAAGACUGAGAAGAUCGAGCUCAAGCGAAUGCUGCAGGAUGCUCGGGAUGAGCUUGAGUCAAGGCGAAGUGGCGGCAUUGGUCCGGACAGCGCUGUCAAGAAACGCAAGAGUAACGCGCAGCAGGAUGUUUUCAAGAAACCUGCGCGACCGGAGAGGUUAGGCGGAGCACGCACCAGCAACGCUGAGAUCAUCAUCGAUGACCCUGAAUGGGAAGACCAUGAUGGACAGGAAUCUCCUAGCCGGCAAGCCGCAGCAAGGGCAAACAGCGGUACUGCCACAGCGGGUGAGGGUUUCGGAAGUUCUCGUCUCGCACCGCCUUCUUUCAACGACUCCUACCAGGGGUCCACCGAUACUUCGGACGCUUUUGAAACUGCCAACGAGCGUGACGGAACUACCACCGAAACGGAUGCUUUUAUGACUACCGCCGAGACUCUGGAUGGGGAUAGCAGUGGUGAUGCCACCGAAACCGAGGGAAAUGUCUCGACCGAUAUGCUCGCGAGGGCCCGUCGUCCAUCUCCGCUUGUGAUGAACAAUGGUAAUCGAAACUCAUACAUGAGCACAGCUUCUGCGUCCGGUGACGACUAUGACGAGAAUGACCUCCGGACACCUGUACAAGCACAGCAACCCCGCUACCGUCUCAAGAUCAACCGGGGAGGUUACAUGCGUGGCUCAAGGUCCAGCACAGGGGUGUUACCCAGCAUUGAACCCAGCUUCCAGGACUCUCCGGCGAGCGUCGUCACCAGUUCGAGCGACCACGCAGCCGGGAAGACCUUGUUCUCCGAAUUAGGCAACCUGAGCGACGGAGAGAGCGAAGAAGGUAGCAUACGCGAAGGCACACCCAGUUAUUCUCAGGUAUCGUCACGACAGGCCUCCGCUUCUCCUGAACUGCGGAAGUCGGUUCUCAGCCGGGAGCUCAAUGACAAGCCCACUAGGCCGACUGUUGCUAUGAUAGAUUCUGGAAUGAUGACCGAGCCAUGGGAACCGGAGAGUGACCUCUCCAACCCUGCCACAAUCAUAAGUGCUGCACUUGCUGGCGGGUUCGGCCUAGGUCUAGGCACUAGUACCCGGAACGAGGCUACCAUGCAACACGAAUCUGCUGCGGCACCAGCCAUUGCCGAAGCGGACAGGGCGUUGACGGACGCUAUCAGGAUCCCGCUUCCCGCCGAUGAAGUCUCUGCCAUAGUCGAAGAUACGCACCCUGAGGCAGCCACAACCUCACCCGCCGCAACACGACUGAACAUGUCAACAAUAUCGGCUCUGCAAUCGGAACCCAUCGAGCCAAUCACCGAGAAGUCGCCGGCGCGCGUCCCAGCAGAAACUUCACAGACUGUACUGCCGGCUACGCUAGAGAUAUCCUCUAUAGCAGCACAAGAGGUGGAACCAAUCGAGCCGUACAUUCCGGAUGUCGAUGCUUUCAGAGCAGCUACACCUCACGAACAGCUUCGACCUGACUCUGCGACGCUUGGGGCUGCCUUGAUCGGUGCCAACACUUAUAAGCGCUUGUCUAGUUCACCCGAACUGACACGCAGGACCGUAGAACCACAUGUGCCAGAGCUGGAAUUUGCCCCAAUAGUAGAGGAAGAGGUGGUGCCAGUAUCUCCACCAAUGCCAAGCACUCCAACGAUGCCUAUAUUCAAGGCUCCUGGACACUCCCCUCCUACAUCUGUGGAUCCGUUCUCGAUUGAUUGUGCCCAUGGAGAAGCCCUCAGAGAACCGGCAUCCGUCUCCACUGACGACCAUAUAAGAAGGCUACCACCUUUCACCAUGGCCAUGGUGGGAGAGCCGCAAAGUACAGAGCCUCUGACGCCGGAGCGUCCUACAACACCAGGUCGUGUCCUCCGAGUCAAUGCCUUUGCCUCCGAGGAACCCGCAGAUGUACCAGCGCUCCCCGGUACCGACGCAUCCAAGCCGGGAGCGGGCUUCUUCGGUGCCAUGUCUGAGCAUGAAAGAACACUUUCAGCGCUUGAAUCAGGACAAGACCAGAAUGAGAUAUCUCUGACCCCUAGACAGGAGGCCGACAGGGCGGCCUACGACGCUAAGCGCAUCUCUGCUGUCCAGGCCUUCUUCAGGGACAGGAGCAGAACGCCGGAACGCGUCGGGGCGAGUCUGCCAACUAGUGACGAUGAAGUUCCGCCUGUUCCUCAGAUGAGUAAAACAGAUCUGCCUGCGACUGGCAGCGCAAUGAUGAUGUCGUUGCAAAACGAUAUUGAUAGGGAGCUUCGCGACCGAAACGGUGGCCCUACUCCUGUAGAUAUCCGAAACAAGGCUAUUGCGAGCGGUAGCGGGCCCGGUAGCAGCGUGCAUACGACAGAGACCUACGUUGAUCAGGACUCGGUUACUCCUAUCACGCCAUCUCGCCGAGACUUGGAUAACGAGUUCACUGAUCAAAAGCGUAUCUCUGCUGCUGUAGACUUCUUCAAGGAGAGCGAUAGGAGAAAAUCAGUACAGAAGGAAACAGAGUCUCCUGGACCGGUUCUUUCCGCCAGAAGCGAGCGUCGAGAGAAGCGUCCCGCUGGGAUGCUGAUUGCUGAAGAUGGGACAAGUCAGCCAGUAAGGGAGGAACCUGCGUGGCAAGAACUCGACAACGGCCCCUAUGAGCGGUAUCGUGCACCGGCGGCCCUAGAACUCUCCGAGGACGAGAACAGGGGUAGGAGCAAGACACCUGAAAGGGGUAGAGUGCCUUUCCAGCCCGUGGAUGCCAAUGUUGUCAACGGUGAACGUCCGGUAACCGCGAAGAGAGACGGAGCAUUACCUGCCAGGCGACCACAACUUGAGAUGGCUGAUGAAGGGACCCAAACCAUGGUCUCCGCAGAGCAGAUUGAGAAGCUGCUAUCACGGAAGCCUGCGCCCAUCAUUGCGGCUGCUCCACCAGUCCAGCCACCGUCGCCAAGAAAGUCGUCCAGUCCCAAGAGGUCAUCAGUAAUACCAGCUGGCGUCAUAGUUGACCCCAUGCCCCCUAAGUCUCGCAGGCUUUCCGGCACCGGAAGUGUCCGCAGCAUUCGUGCAGCUUCUCCACCUCCCCUGCCUGCAGACCAUAAGCAGGUCAUUGCUGCCGCCGCCCAGCGGGCACCCGCACCGCCACCGCCUGUUCCAAGUUCACCUGGCACAAUGGGACCCCCAGUCAUGCCAGCUUCGGCUUAUAGGACAAGCGUGCCAUUCCAGCCUCGACCUCGAACCCCUACAGGUGACAAAAUGGCAAGCCCAACGUCGAAGGGCGGGACGACACCUCGGCCACAAUUCACAACUAGGCGCAGCGACACUUCCACCCCCAUCAGUCGGCACGCCUCUGUCUCCUCCUUCGCGUCUGAACUAGACCAACGCUUCAAUAUCACCCGCAACGCCCUCCCACCCGACCAGUUCGAUCCAUCUACCACCGAUCCCCGCAUGAUCCAAGCAAUAACGCAGACCAUGAUCGGCGAGUUCCUGUGGAAAUACACCCGCAAAGCCGGCCGGGGCGAGAUGUCUGAGAACCGACACCGCCGCUUCUUCUGGGUGCACCCCUACACUCGGACGCUCUACUGGAGCGAGCAAGAUCCCGUAACCGCGGGCCGCGCACAGCUAAAAGCAAAGUCCGUCGCCAUCGAAGCCGUCCGCGUCGUCACAGACGACAACCCCCUCCCUCCAGGUCUCCACCGCAAGAGCAUUAUCGUCGUGACACCCGGCCGCAGCAUCAAGUUCACGGCCACGACAGGCCAGCGCCACGAGACGUGGUUCAACGCGCUGAGCUACCUGCUGCUGCGCACCAGCUCAGAGCGCGACGACGAGGCACACAUGACGGACGCGGAUGUCGACGAGUUUAACCCGAGCUACGACCGCAGCCAGUCCCGCGCUACCCGCGUCUCGCACGCGAGCCUGUCAAGUUACAACUCCCGCACGACGCGCACGUCGAGCCCGCAGCGCAACGGCGUCCCGACGCUCGCGCAGCGCCAGUCCGCCGCGGCAGAGCGGGUUCAGAACGGCACCACCGCUACGCAGACCCAGGCACCGGGUAACGCGAGCCAGGGCUCCAUGUCCGGCCGGCUGAGCAGUCUGAGCGGGAUGUUUCGCGCGCCGUCGGGGAUGAGGGGCUCGUUUUCGAGCAGGAGGAGCAGACAUAGUCAGCAGCCUGAGAUGAUCUAUGAUGCGCCCGUCGUGCACGACUCGGCAGAGGAUCUGCGGAGGGUUAUCGAGACGCAGGAGCGGGAGGCGGAUCGGUUGGAGAACGUUAGGGCGUGCUGUGAUGGCAAACACGACGUCGGCUCCCUCCCCCACCGCAAAGAAAGCACGGGCCGCGGCAGCCGCGCAGGCAGACACAGCCUCUCGCUGACCGGCUCCGUCGCGUCGCGCCAUCGGCAGUCAGGAAUGUCUACCACCGAUCGACACGGCCAUGGCACGGGGCCGGACGGCCGCUACCAUGCGCAGACGGAGAUGGAGGCGGCGGCAAGUGGUGCUGGUUAG